AUGGAGUUCUCUGCAACCCUCUACUCCAUCAGUGAAAGCCUGAAACCCGGCUUGGCGCCGCCGCUUGUCGCCGUGCAGCGCGCAAGCAGCAACGCCGGCAGCGGCGGCGGCGGCGCCCCGCGCUCCGCCGACGGCAGCGGCCGCACCGCGGCGGCCGCGGCGCGCGCGCUGUUUCCCCCGGGCUGCGGGUGCGGGCCGGCGUCGCCAGAGGCGUUCUACCGCGUGCGCGAGGCGGCCGCGCAGGCGCUCACCUCGCUGGCGGCUGCCUUCAAGCCGAGCCAUCCGGCGCUGGCGCGCGCGAUCAAAGGGACGGUGGAGGGGCUGGAAGACACGGGAAUGUUUGACUGA